AGAUCUGGGAAACACAUCCCUUCCGAAUUCCAGCCCCUGGCCUCGUCCGCCGUUUCCAAUCCAAAGUCUCCUUGCUCGCCGCCGGCGCCGGCCUUUCGCCGGACCGCCGCCGCCCCGCCCUAGACCGAACUGGAAGAAAGUAACCGUCCAGGGUGCAUAAAAAGGGCAACUUUUCUACAGCUUGCUCCGGCGUCGCUAUGUUGAGGUGGCUGAUGGUUUUCGAUCAUCAUUGACCGUUUGCAGGACAAAAUCCGUGAUUUGAUCUUAAUAAUUUCAUUUUGCAGUUGGAUCUCAUUGAUUUAUGUGCUUUACAUUCCUUCGGUCCCAGAACAUGGCACAAGCAUGUACUGUUUCGCAUGCUGAGAAUAAACGCAGUCUACCAGCAUGGAUGCUGAAAGCAAGCUCAGGUAAUGAAGUGCCAAAGACAGAAGACCGGAAUAGGCAAGCAUUGGAAUCUAACGUGAAAAUAGGGACUGUGGAUCCAACAAAACCUAUCAAAAGGAAUACAGGAAGGCGGUUAAAAAGUGUGGAUUCAGAGGGUGCUAGUGAACUGGUAGUUUUGCAGUGGUGUCAGGGUAAAGAAAAUGCCAGAAGAAAGAGCAAGGGUGCUGUCCAAGAUGUUGUUGAAGAAAUUAGGGAUGUACCUAUUAAGAAAGGAAGAAAAGUGAGCGAAGGAGCUGCUCCAAAGAAUAACAGGAAACGCAAACUAGAGAAUAUCAAAUCAGAAACAUCAUCACCAGUAUCAGUUGAUGAUGAUGUAGAGCUUACUGUGGAGGACCUCCUGAGCAUAGCUGAAGAGUAUGUAAAUGCUGAUAAACAGAAGCAGCAUGAAUUUGAAGCCAUGAAGACUAACAGACGCAAAGAGAAUUUCUCAUGUCCAACUGAGGCAGGCACAGGAGUAUCAGCAGUCAAUGAUCCACCAAAGAAGGGAUUGUUGCAGUGCACAACAGCCACAAGAAAUACAAGAUCGAGUGAGCAUACAGAGGAGAACAAGAGCCAUCAAGAGCUGCAAUGUUCGUCAAGAUGCGAAACGACAGAAGAUGUUGCUCAGGAUAUGCUAAACCUGUUUCUCGGUCCUCUAUGGAGUAAGCCUGCAGGCUUUUCAAAAAAUUCUGAGCCUGUAGAAUCAAUAACUAGGAAUACGAAUAAUCAUAUGCCAGAGGAGACAGACUGGCAUAGCGAAGUGCAAACGCAGGGGGAACCAGUGAAGAAAUCCAUGCUGACUGCAACUAUAAAUCAUGUGCCAAAGAAGAAAGGCUGUUGUAGCGAAGUGCCACCACAGGGGGAACCAAUGAAGAAAUCAAUGCUGACUGCGACCAUAAAUCAUGUGCCAGAGAAGAAAGACUGGCGUAGCGAACUACCCAAGCUGGGGGAACCUGUGAUAACAAAGAAAAAGAGCAGCUUGAGAGAUAAGGUGGCCUUGUUUCUUUGACUACAUCUGAUGGUUCUGAGCGUGUACAUUGCCUGUAAAUAUGCCCCUAUCCCACGGGAUUUUAUUUCACAUAUAAUUAUAUUCUUUGGUUAAUAAGCUGGCUUCUCGAUAAUGUAAGCCCGACCUCUUGGAUGUAUUGCUCUUCCACGUUUGUUGGGAUGGUAUUCUUAUGUGAGAAUAAAGGAUAUUGGGUCCAUUUUCUG